AUGAUCUUGAAUUCUUCUCACUACCCAGUCGCCCUGCUUGCAGGCGCUGUGGUAUUCCUUGUUUAUACUGUGACCGCCCUCCAGCGGAAAUAUACUCAAUACCGCAUAGCCCGCGCGAACAACUGUCAACCGGUACGUUGCCAAGUCAACAAAGACCCAUUCCUGGGACUCGACAACAUUCGCGACAACCUCGAUGCUGCCAAGAAGCACAUCCUCCUCGAGCGCUCGCGGUCUCGCUUCCGUCAGUUUGGAAACACCUUUCGCGCCAGACGUCUGCGGACCCCCAUCAUCGUCACGUGCGAACCCCAGAACAUCAAAACGAUCUUGUCCCUCAAAUUCAAAGACUUCGGACUCGGCAAUCGGAUCGACGCAUUCGGCCCUUUGCUCGGUCAUGGCAUCUUCACGACCGACGGCGACCACUGGGCGCAGUCGCGCGCUAUGAUCCGUCCGAACUUCGUCAAGGAUCAGGUCGCGCAUUUGGAUAUCUUCGAGGAGCUCAUGGCCGAUUUGCUGGCCUUGAUCCCGACCGACGGCACCACGGUCGAUCUGCAGGAGUUGUUCUUCUGUUACACGAUCGAUUCGGCGACGGAAUUCCUGUUCGGUCACAGCGUCCAGUCCCUCAAGAAACGGAUUUCGGGUGUGAAAUUGGACGACAACGAUUUCGCCAGUUCAUUCAAUUAUGCGCAGGACGCCAUUGCGAAAAAUACGCGUUUGGGCCCACUGAGGCACUUUUUCCGAGAUGCUAAGGCGGACCACUGCAAUCAGGUGUGCCACGAGUUGGUCGAACAGUUUGUGGAAAAGGCGUUGAAAUAUCGUGCCAAUUACGACGAGGAGAAGGCUGCGGCAGACGACGACGACGACAAGAAGAAGCAGAGGUAUCUGUUUUUGCAAGGGUUGGCGCACCAAACCGGUGAUCGUAAGCGGAUUCGGGAUGAGUUGAUGAAUGUGCUUCUCGCUGGUCGGGAUACUACGGCAUCGCUGCUGAGCAACAUGUUUUUCAUGCUGGCGAAAAACCCCCGCAUCUGGAACAAGCUGCGCGAGGAGGUCGCCUCGUUGGAAGGUCGCGCUCCGACUUAUGAACAACUACGCAAUCUCACCUAUCUCAA